GUGUGUGUGUCUGACGCUACAAGUUCCACUAAGCGUAUGUCUGACCCCAAGGGAAGUGAUCCUCCCAUUGAUGAGCCCUACUAUGCAAGCUCGUAUCAGCAGGGGAGCAACGCUGCCGCCGUUGCUCCCGCGCCAGGACCGACGACGAAUGACGAAGACUUGGCACAGAGACUCCAACAGGAGGAGUAUCGAAACGCGCUGCCGGCAGCGAGGGGAAUGCCGGUGCAACCCGGCGCUCCCGGCACUCAGUACGUGGCGAUAUUUCCCCCUUCUGUGCCGUUCGAUCCAGCCGACCUCGGCGUGGCGGGGUUCAUGGCGCCGCAUGAAGCGAAGCUAAUGGAGGCGUCUUCUCUGGCGAAGACGAUCCGCUGGCUGGCGGUUUUUGACGGGCUGAUCCUCGUGAUCAAUUGCGGCUAUUUCCCGAUGCUGUUGCUUCUGCUGUUGUGGGGACCGUUGUCCGGUUGGAUGGCGGGGACAAGAUACUCGACGGCGUGGACGUAUGCCUACUGCUGCUACUAUCUCCUGCGUCUCAGCACGUACCUUAGCUACGUCUUUGAGGGUUACUUUUGGUUCAUUUUUUUGUUCGCCCUGAGCCUUUACAUCGCGCGCGUCAUCUGGAGAUUCGCAAAGGUGUUGGACACCCUCUCUCCGGCGGAGAUUGAGCAGCUUCGGAAUCCCACGGCGGUGUGGUCCGGCCAAUAUCGCAGGCAGCACCAGAACCAGCAGCCGUUCCAGUCGUUGUGAAGACAAGAAGUAAUCUCUCGAGUAAAUGGUGGGGCUGCGUGAGGACUCGGUCUUGAGAAAGCGAAAUCAAGCCGUUUGACUAGUCAGUGGCGGACGUGUCUAAUGGAUUGAUUCCGCCUUCUAAAAGUGUUGGUAAAGGUCUUCUGCUGCGACGAAGGACCGUGUGAGACGCCUCACUGAAAUGCCCUGGUGGUUUCCUAACGCAGCAGUAGCAGCCCACGCCCCACAUUCCACCGGUUAGCAUGCCGUGCGCGAGAGGAGCGUAUGAGGUGCUCGUUUUGUUCUCCUUGUUCACCAAGUCAGGAGAAGCCUCAUGUGGUUUUGGCGGGGUAUUAUAGUAUGUAGACGUUGUUGUUCGUGUCAUGAUUCUUCUCAAGUACAUGUGCGCGACGCUUAUGUAUCUAUUUUUUUUUGUCUCGCGUGGUUUUCUCUUCUCUCGCCACCCUGUUAUUUUUGUGGUGUGUCUUUGUCUUUUUUUGUCCCUUGUGUUGGUGUGCCCGUAAGAGCAAGUGCAGGAGGACGAAGUGCUCUGAGGGUGAUUCGACCAGAAAUACGCGGUAGCAUAUCUGUCACUGCAUGUGUUGCUUCGUUUUGCUGCUCCCAUACCUACCUGUGGAUCAUUUUGGAUGUGUGUUGUUUUGGGGUCCUCGGAAUCCUGCGGGAAGGGAAUGAGAGGCAAAAUAAAUGCCUUGGAGAUUGUGUUGAACACAACUAGGAUGCAAGGGUUGGUCGCCGUUGCCCAACGAGAACUAGCCUGUGGUUACCAGUUGGAUGGUUACCGAUUCGGAAUGCGAAUAUCUAAGGUGUCUGGCCGUCGAUUUCCUGGGGCAAAAGUGCUUUUGGGCCACGCUUAGGAGGGAAGAGAGUGUUGCCAAAGCCUCUCGCGAUCGAUUUUGAAGAGAUGAUGCACCGCAUCAGAGGCCGGCCGAAUCGAAGAGAUGCACCUCGUCAGAGCGAGGGCUUUCCCCAUUUGCAGCCCCUUUACUCAUCAUUCGCAUGUAGACUAUGGCAAGAAGACCGUACCGUGAAAUAACACUAAUUUGAAGUAAAUUCAAUCGACGGGACUGCUCA